AUGCGAGGUCGGAUGACCAAAUAUGAACAAUCCAGUGCAGCAGGAACACCUAAUGCUACGCCAGAUGGAGCACCUGCAGAGGAUGAGUCUUGCCUUGAAACCCUGCCAGCUAUUGAAGAAGAGCAGGAGGAACAACAAAUUGACGAACACAUAUCCCUUUCUCCCUUUGGAAUAAGAAUAAACACGAGGACUAGAAAUGUGGAUGACAGACCUAUCAGUCCUGAAAUUGGUGCAAGACAGAAAAUGUCUGACGAGUUUGUUGAGGAACAACUUAAAGUAGAUUCUCAAAGACCGGAGAAGAAACAGAAGAACUCCUGUGAGACUAAAGUGGCUGCUCAGAACUUAUUCCUGAAACAUAAGGGAGGCUUGGGAAAAAUAAGGAGAACGUUGGCAAACAGCAAAAAUAAGGAGAACGUUGGCAAACAGCAAACCAACCUUCUCAGAAGAGUCAGCUUUGAUUGUCAGAAUCACUUUGCAUGGCCUGCCCACAGUGACACUGAACAAUUAUUGGGAAAACACCCACAACUAAAAAGGCAAGUCAGUAGUCCUACAGUGCUAGUCAGGAAUGACAAAAAUGCAAAUUGUAUCACUUCCAAGGAUAUAAAAUGUCAAUUUAAUAGUCUGGAACAAAGACCAGAAGGAAGAGAGGGAAGCAGUAACAUUGGUGGUCAUGAAGGUGAAGAAACGGUAAACAAAAAAGAGCCUGAUGUACAAUCUCAGAUUAACUGCACUGAAUGUCCCCAGGAAUAUCAUGAACAAAUAAGUGAAAUCAAGGCAAAAGAGAAUGAUAAAACUGAUAUGUCAUGUCCUGGUUCCCAAGACCAUUUAGAUGGGGAUAGCAGUAGAUCUGUAGACACUAAAGUUACAGUGUGGCAUAAGGAGAAUUUGGAGGACAGUGGAUCACAAGUAACAGGAUGGCCCACAGAAGCUUCACUGAAUACCUCUGAGGUUCAGAACCUGGAAGAAAACCAAACUGAUCUAGUAAAUCAGAACUCCAGGCUCCAAGUUGCUCUAGCUGUGGAUGACAGAAGUUUGGAGAUCAAAGUGGAAAGUGGCCCUGGGUUUAAGAAGGUCAAUGACCACAUAGUAAAAGUCUCAUCUAAGCCAAGUAGAAAGCAGGCAGCCACAACAGCUAAUUCCCGUAGAAAGCAACACCACAGUGCAGGUGCUGCUGGCAGCUGGAGUAGAAGUCCCCCUUCUAGCAAUUCAGACUUCACAUCUACUGAUAGUGAUGAACCCAAGUUUCAUCGCUGUCAGUACCCUGUAAGGCCCAGCACCCACAGAGCAACUAACACAGAUCAAAAUUUGGAUCUUUCUGAUGGUGAUUAUGCUACUGAUGCGCCCAGUGGACCUGAAGAUGGAAAAUACCUUGCCAAGAAGUUUGUUGUUCAGGAACUAGCAGGUCAACAGGAAGCCUCUGUCAUCACGAGCAGCAGCGGUGAGUCUAGCACUGGAAUUGGCAGCUUGAAAGGCAGAAAGACUCACUCUCCUCUUAGGAAGUCUACCUUCCAUCCCUCAGAAAUUGCAGAGGAUGGAAGAGAACCUGAGGCAUGGAGGAAAGGCAAUGCCAGACACAGUACAGAAUGCAGUUUGCAGCCCCUUUCUUUGACAAGGGAUCUUGUGGCCAGCCUCUUCCCUGCUUUCAAGACUAAAGCAAGUGUAGAAGAUGAGAAAGCUGCACCAGAGCAAGUUAAAGAAAGACAACCUGAAAACCUGGAGGAAUGGCAAAGAGAUGUUCAAGUACAGCACCAAGAAACCUCUCUCCUAGCUCAGAUGAAAGAGGAACAAGCAAAAGCAAUGACUUUUCUCAGAAGACAAAUAAAGCAGCUUGAGGUCACUCAGCCCCAAAUGUUGCAUCAUCUGGAAGAAGGCAAGAGCGAGGAAGCAGUGGAAACACAGAAUGAAAAUGAAGGGUUUAAGAAACACCUAGUUAAAGAGGAGAGAGAAUUAGCAGAAAUAAAAAUGCUAAGGAAACAAAUAUCAGGGCUACAGGAGGAGAUUAGGAGAAAUGAGUCUCACUGGCAUGCUGCCCAUUGUGAGCUGAGAAGUCAGGUAGAAGCCUUGACCAAACAGAACCUGCAGUUUCAAGAUGAACUCAGAGUUUCCAAGUAUCAGAGUGUGGGGGCCAAAAGAAGACAUGGACCUGUGGAUUCUAUUGAAAGAGGAGCUGAAGCACCGGCAAUACCUCAUUUGGCUCAAACUCAGCAAAAGAAUCAUGGAAGAAAAUCAGUAACUGAAUCUUCCCAGAGUGUGAUUAAAGACAUUAGUUCAUCUUCAUAUAUAAAAGGCACAAAAUCUUCAGGUAGUUCAGAAGAAGCUGCUUUUUUAAAUAACCAGAAUGAUGACAUUUUAAGCUCUGCAUCCUGGAGUAAUGAGGAAAUUCAGGUGAAAGAGAAUAUUAACCUCAACAAUGCUCAUAGGUCUAUGAAGUCUGCUGAGCAAGUGACCCCUACAGCUAACGCCAGGAGAAAUAGCACAAACCGCAGUGGUAGGAAAACACCUGCAGAAAGUCUUCCUACAUUUGAGAAUGAUGAAGCAAAGAAUUCCUCUCCAAAAUCAAUAUUGUCUAGAAGAACACCGCUAUAUGUGGAAAGUAAGAAGGAUGAGGAUGUGAAAGAAAAAAUAGAAUAUCCAGAUGGAAAGGUAGAACAGCUGUUUUCUGAUGGACGCAGAAUUAUGACUUUCCGCAAUGGCACAAAAAAGGAGAUCAGUGCUGAUAAAAGGACCACUGUUCUUACUUUUUUCAAUGGAGACAUUAAGAAGAUCCUGCCAGAUGAGAGAGUGAAGAGAGUGCUUGAGUCAGUGGGCAAGGAGGAGGAGAAGCAGGAUGAUGCGGCCUCACUGAGUAGCAUUUGUGUCCCGUCGGGGCAUGGGCUCUGGUGCCUUUUAACACUCAAGAAAUCUUCGUAUUCUCCCCUGCAGAUUUACUAUUAUGCAGAUGUUCAGACGACUCACAUCACUUACCCAAAUGGCAUGGAGGUGCUACAGUUUCCUAAUCAACAGAUUGAAAAAUACCAUCCAGAUGGCACCAAGGAGAUUGUGUUUCCUGACCAGACUAUUAAACGACUGUAUGAUGGAGGUCUCGAAGAAACUGUUUUCCCGGAUGGGACAGUUGUCAAAGUAGAAAAGAAUGGAGCUAAAACCAUCUUGUUCAGUAAUGGGCAGAAGGAGAUUCAAACUGCACAGUUCAAGAGAAGGGAGUACCCUGAUGGCACUGUAAAGACUGUGUAUGCUAAUGGACAUCAGGAAAUGAAGUAUUCUUCUGGACGGAUUCGAAUCAAAGAUGAGAAGGGGAGGGCUCAUCCUUGA